AUUUCUCCUCCAAAUGAACAUAUUGUCCUGAAUGAGCCAUGGCAACCGUGGUGGCAAAGAUAUCAACCUAUAAGUUACAACUUGUGCUCCAGAUCUGGCAACGAAGAGGAAUUUAUAGACAUGGUGACCAGGUGCAACAAUGUUGGGGUAAACAUUUAUGCGGACGUUAUUAUCAAUCAUAUGUCUGGAAGUAGUGGUGGAGAAGGAAAUCAUUCAUCAUGUGGAAGUUGGUUUAGCGCCAGCAAGAAGGACUUUCCAAGUGUUCCAUACUCUGCUUGGGACUUCAAUAGUAACAAAUGCAAAACUAGAAAUGGUGACAUUGAAAACUAUGGAGAUAUUUUUCAGGUACGGGACUGCCAACUGGUCAGUCUUUUGGACCUUGCUUUGGAGAAAAAUUAUGUCAGAAGUAAAGUGGCUGAAUACAUGAACAGGUUGAUUGAUUUAGGUGUCGCUGGAUUCAGAAUGGAUGCCUGCAAACAUAUGUGGCCAGGCGACCUGGAAAAUGUUUAUGGUCGUCUUCACAACCUCAGUUUAAGAUGGUUUCCCAAUGGAUCAAGACCCUUUAUCUUUCAGGAG